AUGAGUUUCGGCUUUGGUCAAACCCCGUCGGGUGGGUUCUCUAAUGUGUCUGCCCAAGCUUCCGUUUUUGGCAGUAGUACUGCAAAAGGUCCUUCAUAUAAUUUCACCAAUUCAGAAGUUCAAUCUCCAAAAGUGGAAGCAGGAAAAGAGAAGUCAGAAAAUGAACCAGCAUCAAAGACUACAUGUCCAGAAUGUGAUAGAUAUUGCAACAAAAAAAGUAAAGACACUCGGAAUCAGCAUUUCUCGGAGCUCCUUCAAGAUGAAUUACAGUAUAUUCAACCUUGCAUGAGAACAACUGUGUAUGCAAAAAUAUUGAAUUUUUUGCAUGCUACUAAAAAGUCUCACUUUAAUAAUGAAGGAGUUGUCAUUGAAGUGGAGAAGAAUGAUAAAGUCUUAGUAGAAGAACAAACAUAA